AAGACAGUAGUUGUGCUUGUGGGUGUGCCAUCACAAUUAUCGUUAUCUCUUGAGCAACAUGACCAUGCGCCCGUUUCGUGUCAUCUAGGGCACCCGCUACUAAGGAGAUCAAUACUUUGUCGGUCCGGAGAGCUCCUCUUCGCGGGACAAGAUGUCGGACGACAGCUACAUUAUGUCCGAUGACGGGGACGACUCCGAAGAAUUCGAAGGGAAAAUCAGCGAAGCGUAAUUAUGGUUAUUCCUCAUGCUGUAUUUCGCAUAGAGAUAGAAGCAUGGCUUCACCGUGCCUGUCCCGCAUGACAAAACGAUACUUAAUUUUUAACAUUCUGUCAGGUAUGAGAAGCACCAACAGGAAAUGUCUCAGCGGCCGAUUUCCGCCCUCAGCCGCCCGGAGUCGCACCACAGUACUCGCUACGCAGUGCAAAUUAGAUGUCUGGGAGAUCUGGAAAACGAGAAACUCCGAAAAAUACGAAUUGCAGUUAGGAUGGGGCUGGCUCUCCUGCUACCUUUUUUCAGGAGACUGAUUCAAUGGAGACGUACUUCUAUUGACGGCAAAAGUGAGCUUCAACCUUAAUGAAUGAAGCGUCCCCUGGCAAAGCAAAUGCUUCACGUCGUAGGCGGUUUAUAUGCAUGACAGAUCGUGAUCAACAUCAAACAAAGUGGUGGGUAACCGGUGACUGAUGCCUGCAAGUUUCCAGACAUGAUAUGAUUUGCACUUGACACCCGCCCGGACUCUUCAAAUCCACGGGGGCGGCCGGAAUCGCACCGCGGCCGACCAGAGUCGCACCGGGGGAGGCCGGAGUCUCAUCGUGGCAGGCCGGAGAGCAAUCAGCUCGAGGGCCGGGUAUAGAAGGAUUGACAGUAGGGGCUUGCUUUCGUUUAUUUUGGGUGAUAAUGGUUGCACAUGUACAUGUGAAUGUGUAAUGAAGUAGCGUGCCGCGACGCAAAUUCGAUUCUGUAACGCAAGCGCAGCAGCACACGAGUUGAACUCCUGAUCUGUCACUACAGAUACCCUACGCAGCAGCGAGCAGUGCGGUUUCAAGUAGUUCUACAACCGAGCUUAGAUCCACCUCUAUCGCACAAGAAAAUUGUCUAGCAUGCCAUAUUUCAAGAGAGACACAGAAUCAAAAAUCUUGAUUUCGACGGGAACAGGUUGGUACUCCGCCCGCCCCUUGUGUAGCUCUUGCUUUUUUGAGGCAAAAAUACCAGCCCUGCGCAAGAGCACACACAUUCACUCGAUCAGUUCGUGCAUGCGAAGAUGAAACGUCACAUGCUAGCUUUUUUCUGUCUCAUCACGUCCAAUGUUUCCCAAGCUCUGCGGAACGCCGCAGACCGCGCAGCGGGGCUGGCCACCAACCGGGCGUAACAGAGGGGAAAAGCUUACUUACUAGUAUCAGAAUUGUGUUUGUAUCAUGUUCAUAAAUAUAUUCGUGAAGCCAAGUGGUCAUACUCAACAGCCCCGAGUCCUUGUGUGUUUGUUUCAAUUGUCCAUAUAAUUACGCGCAGGACACCAGGACCAGAUUAAGAGUUACGUACUGGCGCAAAAAAUCGAAAUCGAAACGCAUUUUCCGGCAAGAGCUUUUUCCACUCUCAUAGCGAAGUAGCGGGAACCACCACGACCGCAGCAACUACCCCAGGCAAUCCUGGCGCGAUUCUACCAAACGGAGCCGGGGGCUAUCCGCAACAAACCUCUGAUCUCACCUCGGAGCUCUCUUCAUCGACAAACCAGAAUGAAGCGAACGCGGUGGAAAUGCUCUCGACGGUCGGUAGCAGCCAUAUGAGCUUGCACAACUCGAGCUCUCCCACACAGUCACUUGAAGGGCAUGAGCACCAGCAGAAGCUAUGCCACACAUGUAGCUUGUUCCGCAUGACAAGUUAGUCCACGACGGAUUGCAGUAAUGCUUGGGAUUCCACAAACUGGCAUGCAAAGUAAAGUGCUUCAAGGCAAGUGCAAGUCAUGGUCUGGAAUAUUCGGCAGCUUGCAUCACAAAUGACAGGGAGUUGCGCGCUUUCAUAAGCCAAGCCGGCACGACAAUCACCGAACUGGCGGGGAAGAUGGCGCACCGUGUCACGGCCUUUGGAGCGAGCGGUGGCGGCGCACCUGGUUCCGCACUCUCUUCGGGCUCGAGUACCCCGAAUACCGGCGUUGCCACGGGCGGUAAAGGCCAGCUCGCGUCGCACCAAUUUCCGGGCGGAGCAAAUGCUACGCCGAGCGGGGGGAGAAGCUGCAACACGCUCCAGCCGGAGCAGCAGUUGGAUGAGAUCGAAGAGGAAAUUUUCAAUCCACAACAACCUCUAGAAGUUUCGAACGCUAGUGCAGGGGAGCAAACACGGCGGGGGAUUGGAAGAUCCACAAAAGAAGAUCUUCAUGUCGCGGCCGUCACUGCGACAGCGAAUCGGUCACCCCGCGAUCCGAGCAAGCCCGUUCCGUUCGAGCCCGAGCGGCUCAUGCGCGAGUUGCAGAAGGGAGAGAUGAGAGAAGAAAACCAGGUAGAACAAGGAGUUCCCGCUGGUGCAUGCACAUCCUCCUCAGGUGCGAACAGCGGACCGAACAGACUUGCGGAAGAUGAAGGUAAAUCUCCGCUUCUGCAAGAUCAUGAAACCGGAAAGACCGCUCCAGCUGCUGCAACGUCACGGCCACCUGCUGCAGUUGAUCAUGAAGCUGAAGCGGAGCCGGAACAACAAAGACCCGUGUUGUCGCAGCAUCAAAAGGAACCCGCCACCUCGGACAUCAGUGUUUCAACAAAUAGAAACAAUGUGAUCCGCGAUCUGUUAGGCGCGACCAGCGGUGCUACGUCUACCUCAUCCAGUGCAACUGGUUCCCGGGCGAAUUCUAUCAAGAGGAAAAAUUCCCCCUCCCCAUAUCGAAACGAAGUUUCUGAUGCUGGAUUUCCGUACACGAAUCAGAUUUGUCUUGCAGUAGAGGACUGCGGGCAUAUGUCAAGCCUCGGCCGAGAGGUUUUGACGUAGGCGCCUAGCAUGACAAACGUGUAUGCUCUAAGCCCAACAGCAUCACAAACCGCCUGCAAAAUGCAGGGGGCUCUCUGGACUUCCCUUCUUGCAAGACAGACAAGAUUUGAGGUCACAAAUGCGCAUCACAAAUUUUCAGACGGAUGCGUUUUCAAUAUGGGGAGGGGGGAUUUUUCUUUACGAUAAAUUCUCGCAAACCGUCUCUGACGAAAGCUGCGGAUUUCUUGAAAGGGGACGCUCAUCUACUUUCCGGGUCGUCGCAAGUCGUAGACCCACCAGUUACAGCGGCUGGCUCUCGAGGUGGAGCACCAGAGGAUGUCGCCGGAACUGCUGCCUCGGGCAGCGGUGGCGGAGGAGGAGCACGCAGUGGCCUGUCGACUUUAAUCUUCAACCAGGAACUGAUCACGGAAGGGAAACCCUCUCAGCCUUUUUCAGCCAGAAGCGGAGCGAGCGGCACUUCGAAGCAGCAGCAGGGGAAGAACGCUACUUCCUCCGCGCGGAGCAACAGUCGGCCGGGCAGCCGUCCCGGCAGCGGUGGAUCUUCGCGGGCCUCGGGGGGUCGGGCGGAAUUUUUAAGUAGCGGCGUCAAGGACAGCACUGAAACGACAAGAACGGGUGCGCCAGUGAUGGAGACAGAUGCAAAAACAAGAACAACUGCAGGAGAAGCAGGUCCCACCCCACCGGAGUACAAAUCCGGAACUGACGCUAUUCGGCCCGAACUGCGGGCCUUGUUCGGCGGCGGGCGCCCGACUAGUACGGGGAGCCGGGGAGGUAGCGCGAGCUCCUCUAAGCCCGGAUCGACGACGAACACACCCCGAAAGGGAGCAAGUGGUGGAGCUACGAGUGUCAACAUGUUAUCCUGGGAAGAAAAUGUGAUCUCCUUGUCCAUGCGCCGUGUACGUGUAAGUAGAACGAAGCGAUACUAGUAGAGAGGAACAGCAUGACCUGCGUAGUGACUGUUUCCUGUUUGUACUUAUCUGACAGUAACAAACGACGAUGGCGAAGGCGAUUCCGAUUCCCGUACCUCCCCGCCCUGGCACGACACCUACCACUUUCGGACGCGCGACCAUUCUUCAUCACAAAGCGUUUGUUUGAUUCUUUUGCGUAGUACACAUUUCUACAGUAGCUCGUAGCUAGGUGUAGAAGCAGCUGUUGCGUCCUCUGCGUACUACUGCACGUAGACGGUGUUGUUUUUGCAAUGCAUGCAGCAAAGGGACGAAUCAAAAACCGGACACCUCCAUCAACCAGCGACUCUCGUCCUCCUCGUCCUCGGGCAGCAGCCACAAGACAAGCCUGUUUUUCCAGAAGAACUCGCACGCCCUGACCUUCAGCAUGAACAACAGCCACCUGCCGUCAACCGCUGCCGCCUCCGCCCGCCCGCGGACCCGGCCGCCGCUCAGUGCGACCUUCGGAGGCUUCGGGUCCUCCUCGGCAGGAGGACCUGGUAGUGCAAGAACUUCAUCGGCAGCUACGGGUCUCAACGAGAGGGACACAUCAGCGGAGGUCGAUCCGACUAACAAGGGACCGCAGGGAGCCGCUGAAAUAUUUCCGAGCGGCGCGAGGAACAGUGGUAUUAAAUUGAAUCCCGCCGCGCAGCACCAGCAGUCUUUGGUCUCCACGUCUUCCGCCUUUGGCCGCAGCGCCUUCUCGCUGCUCCCGGAAAACAGUGCCUACGACCAGAACAGUAUGCACUGGGAAAAAUAAAUAUUUACACGUGCGUUAGUCGUGGAAAUUUGCAUGGCAGAACUUGUGGUGCAGUAGCAGUACUCAGUUUUUGACUACGUGGUCUGCAGUUCCGGUAAAUGACAAGCUAGAGAGAGUUGAUCUUUUGGUUGCAUCGCACCGCAAUUUUUUAUUCACUGACGCACUUAAAGUUUUUUCCCGCAAUAAAGAAGUACUUCAAGAUGGGAAACAACCACUUCAAAUACUACACGGAUAUCGCACAAGAAGAGGGAAGAAGUCUUUUCACUGUGACGACGAGCUUUCCGCAUUUGGUAGGAGAGGUUCAAUUCUUUUGGACGACAAACAAAGAGAAUAAGUCAGAAGUUCUGCAAUUUCAUCCACGGAGUGCUGGAGUGGUUUCUUUGUAAAGAAAACUGAAAUCCUCCUUGCAAAUACGUGGCACGAAGUGGCUAACUUUCGAUACAGUGAAACAACUUUCUUCCUUGUCCAUAGCCGAAGGCGGAAACGCAAUGGCUUCUUCUGCAAGUGCGUAUCCUGUGCGAAACUCGUGCCGUGUCUGUCCGCACAAGAUGCCGCAGUACCGGAACAUUGAAUGAUCUUAAGUAAAUUUAGUAGAAGCACUUCAACCUGGCGAAUUGCAUUUUCAAUAAUUUGUCAUGCAAGUUGUACGUGCGAAUCCGAAUGCGAAACGGAAACACGCACACAACGACUUUUGCGAUCCAUAGUGCAAGCGAGGACGAUGAUGAUUACUUCGGAGAAAACGCGGGCGCGUCGGGCAGCCCGAGGACCAGAGUAUCGAGUGCAAAUACAACAUUGUCAUUGUCUGGAGGGAUCAGUAGAGGCGGUCAAGCUUACUGAAGACGCUUUGUGUUGCUGCUUCACGAAAAAUGUGUUUACGGUAUACAGGUAGAGGACGACCAAAGGGACGAAUUCGAUGAGUAUAUAAUACAUUCGGUCAUUCCCACCACUUUUCAUGCGUGGGCACACGAUCCCACUGGGACUGGUGGUCCUCCAAGUGGUUUCUCCCCAUCCAGUUUGGCGAAUGCAUCGACCCAGCUAUGAACAAGUAUUUGCCCUUCUCUUGCAUACACGACCACGAGCAGCAGACCACGGGGGCAAAGUUCAUCAAAAACGUCGUCGCAGCACAAAAACCGGCUCUCCAUGCAGAGCGAGCUUGGGACCGCGGACUCCCGGGCCAGUUCGAACGCGGCGCCGCUGCUUAUGGCGUUCUCAAAUGUUACAUUCUCAACUGUUACAUGAUUUGUCAUGCAAAAGCACCAUGAUCAUCUACACGAUCAAGCUGCUCUGCAUGACAAAUCCUGGAAGGGCCAAACAGGAUGAUAAUCUCUGCCAAAUCUGUCAUGCAAGACGCGUAAUGCCCCCCCUUUCACUUUUCCCAUUCUUGCAUCACAAGUCCAUGUAACAGUUGAGAAUGUAACAGUUGAGAACGCCAUACUGCUGUUUGGCCAGCUCUUCAAGCACUCCGCGAGUAGCAGCGGGUUGGGUGGUGGAGGCGGAGGUGCUGGAGACAGGAGCAACAAAUCGCUGCGACCAAAGACGGCCGCCGGGCACUCCUUGGGAGAAACGGGCUUCGAGGAAGUCAAGGCGCGGGCCGAGCGGAUGGUACAGAUUUCGAUUCUCAUAUGUGGUGUGCCUUGCAUGACUUUGACUUGCUUGAUGUUGGCGGUGCUUGAUCUUCAUGGACUCUUUUUAGUCUUUUUUUGGUAGGAUCGAUUGCUAAAAAACAUCAAAAAGAAAGGACCUGGGUUUCAAUCGGGCAUGCAUCAGUUUACUUUUACAUCGCUCUGCAUGGCCUUCAUGUGCAACAUGAACUAUGUGUUUCUGUGUUGCAGGUAGAAUAGAAUUGAUAUGAUACUAUUUUUGAUCUUCUUUCCAUCAGGCCGAAGCGAAAGAGGCCGGGAGCAAGCGGCCACGUAGUGCAGAGGGGCGGCCCAAAUCCGCACGGCAGCACCUGAUUGAGCAGCGGAAAACGCGCGAGGAGAAGGAAAAAGAGGAGAACAAACUGAUGCAGUUGAAAGUGAAAGAGUUGGAGUACCACAUCCUGAUCAAGGUACGAUUACGAAGAAGCUGUUGAUAGAUGUCCGGCGAAUUUUUCCAACCGAUCUUUAAAAUGUUGCGUCAACACCAAUGCGCAACCACAAGGACGAACGGACGGAGCUGUAGAAGUUGUGGAUGUGGUCACAACUACUUCUUCUGGUUGUCUUGUCUCAUUUCGAUUCGCCCUCACUCACCAGCAACGUGUGUCCCUGUUACUUUCCUGAGCGAGUUCUUGCCAGGAGCAAUAGAGUAUGGACAAUUUUUUGCACAGCUACAGAUCAAUUAAUAUCUGGCUCAAGAGAAUACAGAUUACGGUCGCAAAAAACUACAGCUUUCCGAGAUGAACCAGUGGGCGCGCGAACUGAAGCUGGGCAUCAGCUACCGUGUGCAGUUUAGCUCGGAGCAGGUUGAGCGGAACCGGCUCGCGGUCUACUGCGUGAAGUUGGCCAACGAGACCGAAAUGGAGCACAUUACCCUGACAAUUCUGGACAAACGGUAUAAGGCCCUCAAGUCCCGGUACGAGGAGCAGCGCGACCCGUUUGCCAAACCGGAUCCGAACAGUCCCGCGGAAAAGCUGAAGGCCAGGAAAGCCAAGAAGCGACGGUAUUUUUAAUAUACUUCUGUAGUUUGUACAACUCGUCGUCGUCCACACGCAUUGAGAUUGACCUUGCGUUUGCAGUUUUGUCCGUUUCUAGGAAUUUAUGAAUCGGCUGUCUAAACAAGACUGCAAAGGAACACACAAUCAAUCGACAGGUUUUCCGCUGCCCCGGGCGACAAGCCGAAGAAAGAAAACCCGUGUUGGCUGCCGGUAGAAACGGAGCGGGCGCGUAAGAUAUGGCAUGGGUUGCAAAUAAAAGAGCAGACGCAAGAACCAGUCGAUGUUGAGGAUGGCUCUAGUCUUUUUUCCUUUUGGUGGCAGCCGGUCUUGUAGUAGAAACGCGCUCUUGUCGUGGAUGAUCCUCAUGGAGCCUUCUUGAACGUAUCGUAUUAGUAUGUUGUUUUUCUACGUUUUACUGCAAAACGAGAAAAAUCUGUAUCACCGAGAUAGACUAGAUAUCUGUUGCGUCUGAUUCACUCUGUUGCAUAUCGUAUCGAGAUCCACGAGGCAUACCAGUUCGCGAAAAAGUUGGAGAACAAAAUCCGCGAGCAGCUGGUAACCCUGGCGGAAGUCAAGCAGACGAUACAUCCGGCGAAGGGCGGCAGCGGUGCAGGAAAAAACAAGGGGAAUAAUAACCUGCGACGACGGGCCAGCUCCGCGACGCGGGCGAAGUGAAGCAGCAAGGACCGGCGUCGUGCUUCAAUGAUAGUACCGUGCGAAACUGUAACUUCAAAUCAUGCUCCUGUAGGUGGACGUGGACUAUGAGAAAAGAUACUGUAAAGAGAUCCUCUUUGCAUGCAAGGAGAACAAAGAAAAAGAGUGAAAGAUCGUACACUAUGCAAAGAGCCAACCCAUCUAAAUCAUGAUGCGAUUGCUUGAAAUUCUAGUCAGUUUGACAGGUAAGGGUUCCUCCAGUAGGACUUGGAAUCAUAGGAAAUGGAAAUCAAAAAUCCUGAAUGCAAGAAGCUAUCCGAAAGUCAUUUUUCACGCAAAGUAGAGUCAGUACAGUAGUACUUCUCCGAAGUAGAAGUAGCCUCAAUAUACACUGUGAACAAAGCUCGAUGUGUGUCGUCAACAAGAUUGACUACAACAUUUUUUUGCAAAGAUUACGCCUUUAUUCUUCCCACAGG